UAGGGGAUGCGCCCGCAGCUUCCACCUAGAGGGAAGUUGUGUUCCUGUCGGAGUGGCAGCACUGCUUACGAGUAGUGCACUCUGUCGAAGUAGUUCGAGACGCGCCACUCCGAGCUUUGAGCUUUGAAAGCUCGUUAGGUAUAUUUUCACUGGUGCUAGCGUAAGGUAGCAAGUUCAGAGCUUCCGCUUGUAGUCGAUACUACAAGUGUAUUUUAUUUAAUAAUGUGUAGUGUAUUUUAUUAUAAAUCUUCGCGUGUGUUAUACCAGAGAAGUGAAUAAAAUAUUACGAACAUUUAGCGGUCUUAUGAUCAUUUAUGAGGUGUCUCAACAUCACUGCAAUUUGAUAUCUUUCGCAAGGAUAUCGGGCAAGUUUAGGUUCCCUGGGCUUAUUAUAUGCACGCUGGUCUUGCGGAGGUCUCCCUCAAAGUAAAGACGUCCCAAACCACCACAUAUUUGGCGCCCAAGCGUGGUUCUCUAACCCAGGGCUUUUCAAAAUUGCAUUUAUUGCAAUAUUUAGGCGCAAGCAGAGACGUUUAGUCGAAAACGAGGCACACCGCGUGUUCUCAGGCCUAGCCUACAAUUGCGCUCGUAAGACGCAAAUUGCAAUUUAUUGCAUCGGAAACUAGUUUUCCAUUUGAGGUUUCACCUCACAGAGACGAUUCGAAGAAAUCGCGAAUUUUUUUUAUCGUUUAUUCGGAAAAAUUUCGGUCCAAUUUGGUCAACCAGGCGACCAACCAGUCAACCAGGCGACUGCAACGAUCAACCAACGGUCAACUUGGCGACCGCAACGUUCAUCAGAACAGGUACGUGAGUUUUUAUUCCCGAAAAAAUCGCGAAAAAGUGUCGAAAAUCGCGUUAGAAAUAGAGCUUUCAUACCAAGUUCGACAAGCUUUGGUUUGGAAAAACCGAGCACAGUUGAACAAGCUCGACACGAAAGCUCAAGGUCAAGCGCCGAACGUUGUAAAAGCUUGUACCACGUACCUGAAACAGAGAAGUUACAAGUUCGAUAAUGGCUACGAAUAAUUUGGAAUAUUUAUCGGAUGAAUUUCUUGAAUUAUUACCUGAACGGAUGCGACGAUUAUAUGAGAUGACGGCUGAAAAUAAUUCUCCAAAUCCUGGAAUUGACAAUUCGCGACGAUCCAGUUUUCCAUCGAUCAACUUGGAUACACGUGUGACACAAUUGCGACCUGAAAUCAGAGAAUAUGACAGUGACGGCGUAAAUCAGAGAUGUGUAAAUGAAAAUCAGAGAUGUUUAAAUGAAAAUCAGAAUAACGGUAAAAAGCAGCUGAGACGUUCGACCAGAAAUGCUGCGAAAGAUGCUGAUUUUCGACGCCGUGAACAAUUAGGAAUUCAAAAAACACCCAAAUCGAAGCCACCUAAAAUUAGAGAUCGAAAAUUAUUGCGCAGCUUGCACGAGAACAUUUUGGAUCAGAGAAGGGAAUGGCGGAGUGCUGAAAUUCGGAUCGAUUCCCAGGAAUAUCAGGAGGCACUCGAGGAUGGUGAUUUGGAUUUUCUAAAAACUGACUUAGACGAAGUAGAUGCGAAUGGUGCUGACGAAGCUGUAGCUGGAAGCAGUGCACUACUAUCAGGACUCGAAAAUCCUGAUGCAUCGAUAAACCAAAAUGAACUGGAGUAUGAACUCGAAGAUGAAAUAAACCGAUCAGAGAGAUGUUUAAAAAAUAUUGCUGAAUCCAAAAUGGCCCAAAUUUGCAGUUUUGAUCCUGUGAAUUUUGAGAAGAAAAUUGAUUUGAAAAUUGAGAAAAAGCCUGAUGAGCAAUAUCCAGCACCAUUAUCUCAGGACGAGUUAAUUUUUCGAAAAUGGGCCUAUGCUGCAUCUGAUAAUCACGAUAAAAAUGAAGACACCAUUAGCAGUCGAGUAGUUGACUCUGAAAAGGCGAUUUCAAGAACCAGAGAGGAUGUAGGUCACCUAUAUCUAGAGCUACGUGCUCAAAUGGCCAGAAUGAAAUCAGAUCUCAAAAAAGAUCACGAGAAGAGGAUCAAUGACCUAAGAUCAGAGAUGAGAACAACCUUCAGAGCCUACAGGGAAACUACUGAUCGCGUACUCACCUCUCACGUGCUCAUUAUAAAUAAAAUGAAAGAGAGAAAUAUGUACAUGAGUAACUUAAUGCAUCAGAUCCAAAUGCAGUACUUGGAAGAUCAAGAAAAUAUGCAGAUCGAAAGAGCAGAAUAUUUAUCAUGGAAAGAUCACGUUGACGGUUUCAUAGCAGAGCUUCAUGAUCCAGAAGAACCACCCUACCAGCCCCCUGUUGUGCCUACAGUUGUGCACAACAUAAACAGUAUCAAUGCCGAUAACACUGCCAGUCGCAGCAGUGUAAAUCCAGGCAAAGGCGCAGAUCUUUUCCGAGGAAGGAGAGGAUCUAGAGAUCGAUCAAGGUCCCCCGCCCCCUACAGGGGCAACACUGAUAAUGACAGCCGCAGUAACGAGAGAUGUGGCAAUAACGGUAGCAGCAACAACGGCUAUCGUACAAAUGAUAACAGACAUAAUCGCGAUAGAUCAUCUUCAAGAGAAUCACGAUCAAACAGAGAUGAUAGAAACAACGAUCGAGAUUAUCGAAAUGAUCGAGAUAGCAGAGAUUACCGAAACAACGAUCGAGAUAACAGAGAUAAUAGAAACAGCGAUCGAGGCAGCCGUGAUCGACGAGACAGCAGAAAUGAUCGAGAUAACAGAGAUGAUCGAAAUAGCGACCGAAGCAGUGAUUAUAACAACAACAAUCGUAACAGCUUCGACGGCAGCAGUAAUAGCAGCAACUAUAAUCGCGAUAACAGAGAUGAUCGACGAAAUGAUCGACGAGAUGAUCGAGCGAAUGAUCGACACGGAAACGAUGAUGAUCAAGAAGUGCAGAGUGAUCCUAGAUGGAUUCAGGCUGAAAAUGAGCAACAAAAUAACCCCCCAGAACGCAGAUUAAAUUAUAGAAUCAAGUUUGGAAAUUCAAAUUUCAACAUAAGACCAGACAGAUUACGUGAAUUUGGGGUAAGAUAUUCGGAAGAUAAUAAGUACCAAGUUUACAACUUUUUGCACCGAUUCGAAAGGCGUAUGCAGCCAUACCAAGUAUCCCAAAGUCAGUACUGCGAUGCCCUAAUGGUCCUAAUUGAUGAUAAGCUGAUUCAUAUGGCACCGUGGAAAGAUUUGCAAGAAAAUAAUACUGAUUAUUACCAAUUGAGAAAAGAUUUUAUCGAUUGUGCUUGGGGUCCUCAGAGACAAAAUGAGGCUAGAAAUCACUUCAGAAAUAUGCCAGUGUGCAAAACAUCUUCGACCACACAAUGCUCAGAAUUGAUGAUAUGGCUGAAAGUGCUCAAAACAACGAACUCACCAUUUGAGGAUAUCAUUAUGAUGAUAUACUACAAAAUGACACCCAGUCUCAGACCACGUUUUACUGAGAUUGAAUUGCAAGAUAUCAACAUUUUCGAGAAAAGACUGAAUGGAAUGACUCGUGUUGAAGAGUUUGCUCAGAGACCACCUGAACCAGAAAGGCCUGCUACUCAGACUCGAAAUGUGCAACAAAGAUCAGAGAAUCGCCGAUCCAGUUUUGGUGGCACUGAUAGGCGCUCCAGUUCCUAUACAGCUCGGAAUAAUACCAAUGAAAACAAAAGUGAGCGCACAACUGACAAGUAUAAAAAGCCAACCUACGAUAAAAAUAAAAGUCAGCCCAAAUCAGAGACUACCAAAAGCUACCAAAAAGACAAAAGAGAUGAGUCUAAGUAUAAAAAACCGAAGGAGAAGACACAUGGUGUAAACCAAAUCAACAAGGAAGAAACACCAUCAGAGAAUGAAAGCUCAGAGGAGCAACAAUCACCCCCUACCUCACCUGAGGGAUCAAUUGAUUCAGCAGGAUUGCCGUCGGGAAACGAGUAGCUGACGCGUGCAAAUUAGCACAAGUGGAGCAAUUCCAUGAGCUACCACAAGAAGAGUUUGAACUCAUUGGAGAUUCACUCGCUGUAUUUUUAGCAAACAUUAUACCACGACGAAGGCCUGAAAUAACUCAGCCUUAUCUCAAAGAACAGAUCAAUAUCAGCGAUCUGAAAACAGCCAUCAGAGCAGCCACCUUUACGAAGAAAAAAGCCAUCCUAUCACUGGCUCAAUAUGAACUGAACUACUCAGACAUGGCUUCGAGUGUUGUGAAAAAUUAUGCGAAGCAGAUUAUGGAGAAUUUAAAGCAGAAAGGAUUCGAGAAAAUUAUUUUACUGUUUCCACUGGUAAAGCCAAAAACUUCUGCAAGUAAUCCAGUAUCAAUGGACAAGUAUUUUGCCUACAGAAGAGCGCUAGAGUCACUGGAAGACGAUGUUGUGUCAUUUUGGUGGUCUCCUGCUGCCUUAUUUUUGGACUUGAAAAGAGACUCACAAGAUCGAUAUAAGCGUCAAUUUCGAGUUGAUAAAGAUUACAACAUGAUGCCAGUGAUGCAUAAAUUCCAUUUAAGCAGAAAAAAUGGCAGAUAUUAUCCCAGAUUUGCACGCAAAACAGAGUUGUUCCAAGAGAUGGAUAAAAUGUACAAUUAUGAUUGGCAUCAGAAGAAACCUCCUGAGAAUGGCACUGAGCAACAUGGCACUCAGACUGAAGAGAGUAGAGAAGUUAUAACUGAGGAAGAUGGCUUGCAAUAUGAAGUAAUAAAGA